GGGCCAGGCCUGCCCUGCCAGGCGGCGGGGAAGGGAAGGCCUGGCUGCAGCCUGAGCUGGCAGGUGGCCGAGCUGGGGGUGGACGGGCGGGCCGGGGUCCGUGCUGCCCAUUGGCUGCCUCCGGCUCCCGCCCCGCCCGCCUCCAGAGCCUGUGGCUCCCGGGCCAGCUCCUGCCUCUCCAGCUGCUUCUAAACUCCCAGAGCAAGCUCCUCCUGCCAGGCCAUGUCGAGCUGCGACCGGAUCGGAGUGGCCCCUGCCAUGGACAUGCCUGAGGUUCUCAAAUCCCUGCUGGAGCACUCUCUGCCUUGGCCAGAGAAGAGGACAGAUAAGGAAAAGGGGAAGGAAAAGCUGGAGGAAGACGAGGCCUCGGCAGCCAGUACCAUGGCCGUUUCCGCCUCCCUCAUGCCGCCCAUCUGGGACAAAACCAUCCCAUAUGAUGGCGAGUCUUUCCACCUGGAGUACAUGGACCUGGACGAGUUCCUGCUGGAGAAUGGCAUCCCCGCCAGCCCCACUCACCUGGCCCAGAACCUACUGCUGCCUGUGGCCGAGCUGGAAGGGAAGGAGUCGGCCAGCUCUUCCACAGCGUCCCCACCGUCCUCUUCCACCGCCGUCUUUCAGCCCUCCGAAACCGUGUCCAGCACAGAAUCCUCCCUUGAAAAAGAGAGGGAAACACCCAGUCCCAUCGACCCCAACUGUGUGGAGGUAGACGUGAACUUCAAUCCCGACCCUGCAGACCUGGUCCUCUCCAGUGUGCCAGGCGGGGAGCUCUUCAACCCUCGGAAGCACAAGUUUGCGGAGGAGGACCUGAAGCCCCAGCCCAUGAUCAAAAAGGCCAAGAAGGUCUUUGUCCCCGAUGAGCAGAAGGAUGAAAAGUACUGGACGAGACGCAAAAAGAACAACGUGGCAGCCAAACGGUCCCGGGACGCCCGGCGCCUGAAGGAGAACCAGAUCACCAUCCGGGCAGCCUUCCUGGAGAAGGAGAACAUGGCUCUGCGGACGGAGGUGGCCGAGCUGCGCAAGGAGGUGGGCAAGUGCAAGACCAUCGUGUCCAAGUACGAGACCAAGUACGGGCCCUUGUAACCCGUGCCCCGCCCUGGCUGCGCUGCCUGCAUCUCGGCCCUCUGCCUGGGGGCUCCCUGAAAUCCCACACGCGUGCGGGGACUUAUGACUCGUCACGGGCAAAUGGCGACGCACCUGCUCCAGGAGCUGUCAUGUUCAAGCUUCAUUAUCCCACAGCUGGCGCACGUGGCGACUUCCCCGGGAGCCAGCCUGCUCACUGGCGGGGACGUGAGAAUCGACGUAGACGGGUGCAUCGCCUUAGUUUCUGCUCCUGGAUGUCCCAGCUGAACUGGGAGGGGACCUCCGGAGCACAGACCUCCUCCCCCAGGGCGCUCAGGCGCCCUCGUCCCCCUCAGUCUCCACCCCGGGCCGUGGAGGCCCGUCUCCGCAGAGCGAGUCCAUCGUUGGCGCCCUUACGUCUUCUCAGGUAGCAGGGCGUGUUUCCGGGCAGGCCGUGUCGGGGGGGCCACCUCACCCGACCCAGGAAGUCUGAGAGAAGCGUCCGUUUCCAUCUCCCUCGGAGGCAGGGAGGCACCCGGCUCCUCCGUUGUGUCUGCGUGGGCGCCAGGCCACCUGCGUGGAGCUCUGCCGGCCUGGGUGGGGUCGGGGUCUGGGGCCUGCAGCGAAAGUGCGCCCCACCAUUCACAGCUCCCACACCCCUUUACUCUCGUGACUCUGGGGCCCGGAAGCCAGGGAGGAGGCGCCGGCAGUCGCUGUGUCUGCGUUUUGUCUGUCGUGAAGGGGAGGUCCCCAGGCCGGCCCGUCUCUGAGCCCGGUCACGGUGCAGAGAGCUGCCCUGACACCGCCUCUUCUCCAGGUCACUUGUGGAGGCCGCCUGAAUCUCACUUGCCCCACUAGACUUGCUUUCCACCCAGUGACCAGUCUCAGACCUUGAAUUUAAAAGGAAAACCCCCUUGUUUAGGAAGCUUGCCUUCCUGGAGGCAGGCGGCGCCUUCUGCACGGUGGUCAGGAAACCGGCCGCCGCUGCGGACAGGGAGCCGGGGGGUGUCUCCGUGUCAUCUUGCUCUGCUGUCCGAUGUGGGCCGGGCCAGGGGCCAGAGGAAAGCAGAAGAGGGCUUCCCGGUCCUUGCUUCAGGGUCCCUCCCCUGUGCAAGCUGCCAAGAGGGGACCUGCGGGCAGGACACCCGGCCAGGGGUCACCAGGGUCGCAGCACAACUCGUGGAGUAGCAGGUUCUCUGGACAUACACGUGUGAGAGUCCCCUCAGCCUGGUCCCCAGAGACUUGGGCCCCCCACCCGAACCCGGCUGUGGUACGUGGAGGGGUCCUUGCAGCUGUGGCCUCACUACCUCACAGCUGCUUUUUCUUGUGUCCACCCGGACUUGUCCUUUUGCUCUGCCUGGGAGAGUCAUCGAAGAAAUCCGUGGAGCCCUCUGCCCAUUGUGGCCAGCUGGGGCAUCUGAAGAUGGGUGUAUUUAUUGGCUCAGGGCCAGGCAGCCUGUGGUUAAGAGGGGUCGGAGGUGACGGGCACGCUUUGUCAUGCUUACCACUGGCUUUAUUUAAAGUGGUAGCUCCAAGACCCGACUCUGACCCCCAGAGACUUUUAUAACGUAAUAAGACCUGGGGAAGCCAUCCACUGACCGCGGACCGCACCCCAGAAGAAUGCCACGGCCCUCCCCGCCUCUCCAGGGGACUCGACAAGGGUGCCUGAGGCCAAGGGAGGUCACCGCCUCCCUCCAGGCCCCUGACUUUUACUUUGUGGUUCUAUAAAACCCAUGUUCACACUUUUCACUCUAUUGUAGCCACAACAGGGCAGUUGCAUCCGGCAUGUCAGUGUCCUGCCCCGGGCAGCCCGCCCGCCCGGGCACUCUCCCUCUGGUCUGGCUGCCCACCAAGAGGGCAGUCCUCAUUUUGUUAUUGGUAGAAGAGCCUCCAGCUGAAAAGCUCUUCGUUUUCUUUGGCCAGAAGUGUAUGGCUUGUGGGUCUUGUUUUAUUUUUUUUUUAAAGGAUGGAGACUUAAUUUCCGGGUGGCAUCCAUGUUCUGACCCCCGUGGGUGGGACGAUGGCCUGAAGUCUCCCUCUUUUGUCCCACCCUCUGCACCUUCUGCCUGUUCAGUGCCCGCCCCUUCCUUCCCCCAGGCAGUGGGUGUCUGGUUCCUUCCCAAAGUGCUUACGUGGAAAGAGUGUGGCUUCUGGCCUCUUUUAGAAAAGCCCCUUUGAGUCCAGGGCCCAGCAGGGACAGGAAGGAAAUGUCCACGGGGGUGGCCAUGUUGGGGAAAAAGAGUGCUCAGGGAAGUGUGCCUCCUUUCCUGGCCCCCUCCGUCUCAUCUCGGGGCUGGCAGCCAAAGACUGAGGCUCCUCUGCUCAAAUCUUCGACAUCUCCUAAAAGGCACUGGAGACCAGAGAAGCCAGCAUUAGUGGCUUUAUACGGGUUCCUGAUGGGCUGGGAGGCGCCAUCCCUUCCUAAGGGCCCUGUCUUCAGUUUCAUGGCAGCCUCGCUACAGCCUCUGAACAGACAAAUUGUGAAUGAGCUAGAAUGUUGCAAGAUUAUACAUAUAGUAAAUGUAUAUCUAGCUGUUGAUAGGUACUUAGAGCAUUCACAAUGGCCAGCAGCCUUGCGGAGGGCCUGGGUAACUCUCACCCUUGGCCAAAGGAAGGGGGUUGCCUGUCUGGGGCUGAGGUUGGAGAAGGCACCUAGUGACAUUGCCCUGCUGUGGCCCUGGGUGGGCAGCUCCUGCAGCCCUCCGGCCUGCAGCGGGGUGGCAGGCGUGGGAGCCAGCUAAGGAGGGCCCCUUAGUGCUGGGCAGCUCACCACCCAGGGCCCUGGGAGCCCUGGUUUUCGUGGCAGAGCCUCACCCCAGAGCUCCUUUAGCAUCUGUUAAUUAAGUGCAAUAAAUUUUUCUAGAAAAUGGUAAAGAGGAUUUCCAGGUGGAUAUUGCUAUCUUAGGGUGUUGGGGACGCCAGAACACCACUUGGUUUUAUUUUUCUAAGUGCAUGUGAUGUGAUAGAGUGUGUGGGGCUCCCUGUCUUCCCCUGGGAGCCGGCAUUCCAGUGAGCCCCCCUUUCCCGCCUUUGUGGGGAAAGGAGGCAAGGAGAAAAUUCCUUCUUCCCAGCUGGCGAGGGCGGAAGCGGACUGGAGCCCAUUGGCCUUAUGUGCGUGUGUGCGUGCGAGUGUGUCACUGCUGGUGGGCCGGAGUGAUGUGACAGGGAGGGAAGCUGGGAAUGUAACCUUUUCAAAACGAAAUUAAAUAUUUUGAGACGAGA